GAUUUGCUGGCCCGACUCGUGGUCGUCCGUUUCCCCGGCGACCAGGUCCGACUGGCCGGCGAGUGCCUCCGACCGCUGGGUCCUGAGCAGACCAUCUGUGUGGAAACGUGUCGGCUGGACGGGCGGCCGCCGGGCGCCGGCUUUUGGCGCGUCGUCUGGGCGGACACGCGACGGCCUCUCUUCGUCUGCUCGCCAGUCGGCGACUGCCUUGACGACGACGUUGACGCCGACGUCGGUGACUUUGACCUCGGCGUCGACGUUCGCGCCAGCGUCCGUGACUGCCGGCCCGUCCGCCUCGGGCCCGGCCUGAGGCUGGUCGGCUGGGCGUCUGGCCGCGGAUACCCGACGGAGCGUCGCGUCGCCCGUCGCGACCACCGUCUCUACGGCUGCCCACCGCGCUCCCUCACCUACGCCUGGUCCCUCCUCUGCCCCGUCCACCUCGCACGCCUCCGACAGGCCGUCGUCCUUUUGUUACCGCCGUCGCCGUCGCCGUCGAUCGAUUUGCUCACUCCCCUGACGGCCCUGCUGGAGCCGGAGAGUCGACUGGUUCUGCUGGUCACCGAAAUGGCGCCCGGCAAGACGUCCGAAGACGUCGCCGACCAGUCCGACUGCGUUGGAGAUACUCAAGCCCCCGCCGAAGAGGCGACGAUGCGGUACAGCUACAAGGUGGGCACAACCUCUCUCCCAACCCCCUCUUCCCCACCAACUGGCCCAGCACUCCUUCGUGAACGGCACCGAGGUCAGGCCAUUCACACUUUUUCCUCUCGUCUCACUUUUCUUUCAUUUUUUGCUCCUCUCCUCUCUGCUCACCUCGUGAUCUUUUAUUCUGAUCUCUUAUUUCUUCCGAUCGUGUCCUCUUGA